GCUUGGCUCUCCCCUCCCCUUCUCCCAGCCCCGCCCCCUUUGGAAUUUCGCUUCCUGUGACGUCACCAGAGCGCGCCGGAAGUGUAGGCCGCACGGAGCCAAAUUGGCAGUUUGGAGGAGCUGGAAGAAGUCGAGAUGCCUGUGACAGUGGGGCCAUAUGGCCAGUCGCAACCCAGUUGUUUUGACAGAGUAAAAAUGGGCUUCAUGAUGGGCUUUGCUGUUGGUAUGGCAGCAGGUGCAAUGUUUGGUACAUUUUCUUGUCUCAGGAUUGGCAUGAGAGGACGGGAAUUGAUGGGUGGUGUCGGCAAAACCAUGAUGCAGAGUGGAGGAACAUUUGGGACAUUUAUGGCAAUUGGCAUGGGAAUCCGCUGUUAACCUGGCAUCUUUUUUAACCAUAAAGACUAUUUGAGGUCUUUCUGUGUAAUAUAAUAAAAGUCUUUGCACCAGGA